GACCGGGAGGACGAUGUCCGCGCAGGACAACGUCAAGUUCUUUGUUGAUGUGGCCAAAAAAAAAAAGCGCGCGCGCGCGCGAGAGAGAGAGACAGAGACAGAGACAGAGAGACAGAGAGAGAACGAAAAUAAAAACAACCAGGGGCAAACACCAGGUGACACAACCAAGAGUACAAGUACAAUACGACAAGAACAACCACAGGAAACGGAACCCGAAACCGAUGCACGAUGCUGUAUGUACGAAUAAUGUAAUGCGAGUGUUCGAAGCCGAAAUGUGAUGCUGAGAUAGAUGACGGACUAAUGCAGUGCUGAGACCGAUAUGUAUGCGAGGACAAUGGAGAUAGAUGCAGCGAUAAAGAUGGAAAGAUCAUGAGAAGGGACACUACUAUGGGA